AUGACACAAAACAAUUCGAUGCUUAUUAUUAUUACCAUCUUUUUCGUUUUCAAUCUUGAGUGCAUAAAUGUUUGUUUUGCUUCAGCAUGCACCUACAACGAGGGGCAAAAACAAGGUGAUUGCAAAGGUGUCAUUGAAGAGAGUAUAGCCUUGCGCAAAGACAUUUCAACCCUUAACAAGAACUGCCCCAUGAAUAAGGGUUUUUUCUACCCGAACAAGACAUCAAGCGAACCAGUAUGUGGUGAAUGUGUUCCAUCACGUUCCUUAUUUUACGACUAUACAACCAACAGUGUGUCCUUCAAUUAUAAAAUCGUACUCUGUAAAAUGACCGUCUUUGGAAGACAAUGUUCGGAACCAAGUGCAAGCAACUUGCCACUGAGUGACUAUCAAUGUCCUGUGGGAAGUUAUUGCGAUGAGAGUGGAACGUGUCGAUCUCUUAUCAAGCAUCCCUUACAUGGCGAGCAAUGUUCGGAUGUGAUUCAUCCCUUUUCAUCGAAAGGUCUUCAAAUCUCUCAUUCCUGUGGUUUCGAUGGUUUAGAAUGUAUUCAAGGAACGUGUCAAGUAUGUAAGGAUGGAGUAGAAUACACUGAUUUUUCAUCCCAAGACUAUCUCUACCUUCAAAGCAAUGCCAUUUUCACACGAAAUAGAGACUACAGGAGAUCUCGAAGAUAUUGUGUGAAUUCACAAUUGUAUCCCACAAAGUUUGAUUAUACUCUUCUCUCUGAUCCUAGUUCAGUUCUCAUUUUGAGCUUUGCAAUCAUGGUGGUCCUCAUUGUCAUGGCCAGAGAUUUCAUGAGAUUUAAGAAUACCAAACUGGCACAGAAGAUUAUUACAAGUCUCAAACUUCGAUUUCUCUAUCGAAAGAAUAAGAAGAAUGAAAGCAAGUUUGGUAACAUUGCUUCUUCUCAACAGUCCUAUUUGGAUAGUGAUUUAGAAGAUAGUGAUCUUGAUGAUUCUGAUUCUUCCAAUGAUGAUGAUGAUAGUGAUGACAGUGAUGACAGCAGUGAAAGUGAUUAA